CACUGUUUCGGCCCACUUUACUGAUAGAGUUGACGUCAAGACGCAGCGUUGCUGGUUAAUGGAGAAAUUAGAUCAGCUUCUCUUUUCUGUCUUUCAGUGUCGAGCAAUUCCACCUUGAUUACUGGUUUCGAGAUUGAUCGCUGGCUAAUAGAGAGACACUGAAAUGGCUUUUACUAGAGCUGCAAAGCGUCCUCUUGGGAUGUUAAUAUAUGCUAGUACUAAGCUGAGUAGGUCUGGCCGUGGAUAUUCGACUUUUGCAAGCAAAGGGACUGUCAUAUCUCAAUCUACUGGUAUCUCCAACGCCUCGUUUUUAUCCAAAUAUUCUGAAUCGUUUGGAAUUUGUUCGCGGCGAUUCACUGCGGAAGCUCCUCCUGGUGCUCAGCAAAUGAAUCUUAUCAAGCAAUUACGAGAAAGAACCAGUGCUCCUAUUAAAGACGUCAAAGCCGCUCUUGUUGAAUGCAAUUGGGAUAUUGAGGCGGCUCAGAAGGAUUUGAGGAAGAGGGGGAAGGUUUUGGCAUCCAAAAAAUCAUCACGAACUGCUGCAGAGGGACUGCUGGCUUUGGCGCAGUGCAAGGGAAAGGCUGCUGUCAUUGAACUUAACUGCGAGACAGACUUUGUAGCAAGGAACGAUAUUUUUCAGUGCUUGGCAUUGUCUUUGGCAAAGCAAACUUUGCUGAUUGAGAACAAUUCUCAGCAAGUUUCUGGGGUCUUCCCUUUUGGGCCUGAACAUUUGGAGGACUUGAAGUUAAAUCUAGAUCAUCCAAAAAUAAGCGGAGAGACAACUGUUCAGAAUGCAGUCACAGAAGUAGCUGCAAUGAUGGGGGAGCAUGUAAAAUUUAGAAGGGGCUUUGUGUUAUCUACCGCGUCCAAUGGUGUUGUUUCUACCUAUCUCCACACAAGCCCACAACCAGGCUUGGGUCGAAUUGCUUCUAUUUUAUCUCUUGAAGUAGAGGGUGAGAAUUUUCAAUUGGAUGCUGUGAAAUGUGUUGGGUCCGAACUGGCAAUGCAUGUAGUGGCGGCAAAGCCAUUAUUCUUGGCCAAGGAACUUGUCCCCUCCGAGGCAUUAGAAAGUGAGCGUGAAAUUUUGAAGUCGCAGGCAGAAAGUACAGCAAAGUCUCAGAUGGCAGUAGAGAAAAUGGUAGAAGGUCGUCUGCGUAAAUACUUUGAAGAAGUUGUUCUUAUGGAGCAAAAGUUUAUUGUUGAUGAUACAGUAAAUGUAAAGACUCUUUUGAAUAAUCUUUCAAAGGAAGUGGGAGCCCCCGUGACUAUUGGCAGUUUCCUGAGAAUGGAAGUAGGAGAAGGAAUCCAGAGGCUAGAAUCAUCGGCUGAUGAACCUUUGGCUCAAGCUGCUUAGGGGACCCUCACCCUUCCUCCGAAUACUCAUGGUCAGGAUUAAUAUUAAGAACAUCACCUUAGACCAAGUUGAAAGCUUUCUUGGUGCUUUUGGCGGUUGAUGAUCUCUGAAUUCUUUGGAUCUCACUCUUUAAUUAUUGCGCAGCCUGAAAUGCAGCCCCUAUUAAAUCCUGGCCAUUGGAUGAGUUUAUGUUGUCUUCUUUUCCUUUUUCUCUUCUUGUUUCUUUACACAGCGGUAAGUUUCUGUUCUGCCAGUAACUAGUUAAUAAGUUAGGUCAAGCUUUGUCAUGCAAUUCGUCUCGACAUGGACUGCUAAUGGUAGUGCAGUCUUGUCUCUACUUUUCUAAUGAGUAUCUUUCUUUCUAGAUAAUUAAGUAUUUUAUAAGCAACUGAGCCAACUUGGUUCCAAUAUAACAAAAAUCACAUUGCUCCAUUGAUUUUGGAGAGAAAAUAGAUUAUUAAGUUCCAUUA